GCCGCGCCGCCGCUCGCUGAUGCUGCUCCUCGCUCGCCGGCCACCCUAUACCGCGCCCCUCGCCGGCGUCGACGCCAGCCCUAUUCCCCCUUCCUUCCACGCCGCACCCACCCUUUCUCCUUCUCUAACCAUUCAGUACCAGCGCCGCCGCCUACCCAACGCCGCCCCUCUUCUCUCGCACCACCUCCACCCUCCACCACCGCCGCCCUCCGCCCUCCAAUCCACCCCGUACACGCCGCCAUGGACCUCCGCGCCGCCCCAACCAUUUCCCCAGCCUCACCUGCUAGGGUUCGGAGGCAACCAACUCCCGCGGGGCGGCGCCGGCCGCCGGUCCUCCGUCUACCGAGCCAGCGCCAAGGAGCGGCUGGUAGCACCCUCUCCGGCCGUCCUGAUUCCAGCCGGACCUGCGUCUACCGAGGCGGCGCCAAGGGGGGAGCAAGGCACGCCGCUGCAGCCGUCCAACUCGGCAACGACCUGCUCACAGCUAACUGGUCAUGGUGGUCUCACAGAGCACCGCUUCCCGAGUGGACCUGCUGGAGCCGUCUUGCCACGACCUGUCCCCCUGCUCAUGUCACCCAAGCAAGAGGCCGCCGCCGACAAGAACCAGCUUCCUCCACCUGCAGAUGGAAGGAGAGAUCAGGGCCAGCAAAGCUGUGGAAAGAUGAUGGACAUGGGGCCGUAUUCCGCCGACCACGGCCACGACCUGUCCCCCUGCUCAUGUCACCCAAGCAAGAGACCGCCGCCGACAAGAACCAGCUUCCUCCACCUGCAGAUGGGAGGAGAGACCAGGCCACCAAAGCCUCAACGGUAUGAUGAUGGUGUUCUCCCCGUGGCUCCGAGGAGCUCACGGUUCUUCCCUGCCACACCAAGGGAUUGAAUAUGUUUUGCUGGAAGAAAGUGAGGGGACAAUGUAGUUUUCUGUGGUCAUCGAUGAUCACUACCAAUACUCCAUGACCUACAUAUAGUACACGUGACACAGUUUGCCUCUAAUGCUUCUGUCUGGCAUAACACAGACUUUCUGGCUGUGGUGGUGGUGGUGCUGCUGCUGCCGCCGCAAGGAGGCCGUCCUGCACGAGGUCAAGCUGCUUGGCCCCAAUGGCCAAUUGCGGCGAGCUCGACGCCUCCGUUUAGAACAUGUCGACAUCGGCCCCCAAAGGUUGUGCCAGUACAAGAACUUCAAGGAAGAUCACAAGAAGACUCUUGUGGCGACAUAUUUAGUUGGCUGGGGAAUUGAUAUUUAGCGUGUCAAUACUGUCAUAAACUAUGACAUACAUGAUUACGCUGAUGUACAUACUUGCACAGGAUAUCUGACACCAAGAGGGUGAAUAGUCUUGUGAGUGACAGCCAGAUAUGGACGCACAAUAUGCCUGUGGCUUUGGCUGAGUUUUGCGUGUGAGCCACAUGUAGGUGCACAAUAUGCCCACGGCUUUGACUGCUUACCUCUGCCCUCGCCGCCGUCAUCGUGUCAUGCUGCUCGGCUGUGGACGAACAUGACUACUCGUGUGAUGACACCGAGUUCACCGUGCCACAACCACAGGGGUGGUGAUGUCUCAUCCUCGGCUGCAAUUGCCCUCUGGGACUGAAUUUGUUUUGAGGGAAGAAAGUCAGGGGAAAAUGUAAUUUGAUGUGGUCAUCAAUGGUCAUUACCAACUCUCAAUCAACAGAACAUGUUACACGCGGCAUGGCUUGCCUCUAGCUCCUUCGGUCCGGUGUGGCCAACCCAUUCCUGCUCUGGUGGUCCUGCUGCAGAGAGGUCUAGCUGCUUGGCCCAAAGCCCAACCAUAGCUAUCUCGCCGCCACCAUUCAGAACACGUUGACAUUGUCACCAGAAGAUAUCUGACACCAAGAGGGUGAAAAGUCUUGUGAGUGACAGCCAGAUAUAGAUGUACACAAUGCCCUCGGCCUCGACUGCUUACCUCCGCCCUUGCUCCCGUACUCCCAUCCCGCUGCUCAGCCGUGGACGGACAUGACUACUGGUGUGAUGGUGGUGGUUCACCGUGCCACAACCAGGGGGCGGUGAUGUCUCGACCAUGGAUCCAAUUUCCCUCUGGUUCAACUUGGAGAAUGUGUGGACCGACCAAUGUGGCAUGGACGGUCGAUAAGGCCAGGGUCGUUGCCAUCGUCAAUGACCUGCUUACUAAGACAGAAUGACCCAAGGAUCAAUCUCAGCAUUGAUCGCC